CCAUCAGUAACGCAAAGAAAGGUUUGUAAACAAACAUGGCGACAGGGGUAAAAGACUCUGCCACGAAACAGUUGACCAGCUUGCAAAUAGAGGUGCCCAAUGACCUCCAGGAGCGAGAAGAAGGGGCGCUCGACGACUCGGAAGACGCGCCGAUGGAGGAGGACGACGAAUUAGAAGAAGGAGAGGCCUCGGAAGACGAGGUGGAGGUGAAUGUCAUCAUCAGGGAAGAUGUCAAUCCUUCUCGGCCGCCGCCGCCUCCAAGAAGCCCUUCGUCGCCGUCUAGUCCAACUGAAAUGGAGUCAAGUGAUGUUGAUGUGUUCAGUCGACGCAGAAUGGGAGUUAUUGAUGCUCCGUGUUUAGACUUACUUGAUUAUAAUCACUUGAGAGCUAACUGGCCAGAGAAGAGAUAUGAGAGAAGUGGACAGUUCCUUUCAGGCAUAUGUGAGGUUAGUGACAAGGUCUUGUCAGAACGAGCUCGUAGAUUUGGUGUGACAGAACCUCCCAGAUAUGCAUGUACCCCAGAAGCAGUAAACAAGUUACUGAAAAGCUUAGACAUUACUAAUGAAGACUUUGAAAGGGGUAAUUACCGUUCUGAUGCUCUCUAUAUGCGAGGUGUUGAAGGAUUAAGCAAAAGUGCCAUACUAGAGUAUUUUCAAGCCUAUGCACCCGUUAACGUCGACAGAAUUAACGACACAAGUUGUAUUGUUGAGUGGAAUGAUAAUGCAGGCCCAGUGAGGGCCCUGAUUGGGCUUUCAUGUCCCAUUAUACCUCGACCAGUAGACCUUAAAAAAUCAAAACAACGUACAAAAAGCAAAAAGGGUCGUGAUUCCUCGAGUGACUCUGAGGAUGAAGACAUGUCAAAAGGUAAAAAAAAGAAGAAAAAGAAAAAAGUAAAGAAACCGCAAGGAAAACAAAGUAAAGACAAUAACGGAAGUAGUAGUUCUGAUAGCAGUAGCAGUUCUUCCUCAAGCUCGUCAAGUGAUAGCAGUAGUAGUAGUGGAAGCAGUAGCUCGAGCAGCAGUAGCAGUAGCAGCAGUUCAUCUGAGAAUGAAUCUGAACAGGGGAAGGAGAAAACAAAGACAGCAGCAAAGAAAAAGCCUAAAGUCAAAGUUGAGAAGAUGGAAGAAGAUCCCAAACCAGAUACUGCAAAGGAAGAAGAGGGAAGUGUUCAUACCAAUGAUGUUCCCAUCCCAGUUCCUCCAGGACGAUGGAGAUUAGGUGUCCCAUGUCCUAGGACCAAGGCUGUUUUGUUGCGAUUUGCUAGUUAUAAAGAUAGAAAAGACCCAAAAGACUUUGGUCCUAGACUUUAUGGACUUGUUGGAGGAGCACGGCCACGUAUCAGUGAAGUUGGUAGACGAAAAAUGCUUGAUGCUCAAAGGAGACGGGCACGUGAAGAGGGCAGAUGGAAUAAUCGAAUUGAUGAAAGAGCCAAGAAUCCUUGGGGUGAACUUGCGCAGAAUUGGGGACGUAAAGAAAGCCAGGAAGAUGACAGGUUUGAUUACCAAGAGCUCUUGAGACUUCACCAGAAAAAAUCUAAAACUGUGAAAAGGAAGAGGACCUACAGUGAUGAAGAAGAAGUAGAAGUAGAUUAUGGAAGUUAUGAUGAUUAUGAAAGCAGUGGUGAGAGUGAAGAUAGUGAUGUUGUACCAUGGAAGAGCAAAAUAAAGAUCCCACGAAUGAGAAUGUAUGCUGAUGCAGAACAAAAGAAAAAGAAGCGACGGAACAGUAGAGAUCUCAAACACCGUCUCUCGGGUAAAAAUGUUAGAAGAGGAGGGAUUGGUCCUAGUAUUCAGGAAAGGCUAUCCCAUAUACGUAGGUCUGGAAGUAGUGGUAAUGGUCACAUAAAUAAACAGGUAGAUUUACGUUCGAGGUUAUCAGGCAGGAGACGAAUAAAUACAACACCUAUUGAAUUAGAUAGUGACCGUUAUUACAGUUUGAUUGCAAGUGAUGAUGAUUGAAUUAAAAAUAUCUGUAGACCAAUUGUAGAAAAGUAUAAUUUCACUUGUGCAUUACGUGGAAAGGAAGGUCUUCAGAUAUGUCAGGUAAUGCAAGAGUGUACUCCUGGUAGAUUCCGAUCCAUUUUGGUUUGUUAGUUCAUUUUGACAUGAUUGAAUUCUUUCCUUAUUGAUAAAAUGAGGACUCGCUGAAUCUGAUGCAUUAUGCAAGUCUGUGAAAACACUGUACAGAGUUUUGAGCUUAAAGUGGAUCCAGAUAGACAAAAUUAAUACCUAUUAUUGUGGCAAAUACAAUGAAUUUGAAUUGAGUGAAAGGUAUGCUUUUGCUUUCAGUGAAUUUUUUUUUUUCUUUGUAAGGAAAGUGAUAUUUUGAUUUCAUAACCUUGUACUGUACAUUAUUUAUUGAAUGUGUUACUCCUAUGAUUAUGAUUCUAAGGAAACUUGAAUGCUCUAUGAUCAUGAGUUUCAUAGCUUCUUGUGCACCCUCUUUAUGUAAAAAGCAACGUACAACAAAAAAAGAAUUUGUUGUUUAAAUUGAAUAAUAUAAGUGAUGGACUAUGGGGAAAGCACUUCAAAUUAUUUAGUUUUUUGAGAAAUUACAUUACUUACUUCAUUAUUUCAAGAAUGUUGAAAGUACUCAUACUUUACAAAGUAAGACGACUUUCUGAAGUAAUAAUAGUUGCAGAUCAAUCCUGGUUAUAUCACAGUAAUGUAGAACUGUAAAUAGUUAUAUUUUUAAGAUGGUAAAUAUUGAAUACAGACUAAAAAGUUCGUAGAUUACAUACAUGAAUGUUAUAAGAAGCAUUAUCACCUGUUAUUUGAACAUUAUUCUUUGUACCAAAAUGGUUUUGAAAACAAAUAUUUGACUCUUUUCAACAAUUUUUUGUUGACAUGUCUUGGUUUUCUUGGUAGACACGGUCUACUUGAAUAAGAAAAAUUAUUUCCUGCUUUGGCGUGAUGUACUCUCUUUGUAUUUUGGAGUAAAGGGAGUUUCUAUACUUGUAUAAUAUAAUCAUAGCAGUU